AUGAUGGAUCGAGCCCGAUACCGCCAAGCCUUUGUCAAAGUGAGUGCCAACAUGGUACUUGAUGGCAUCUUGACCGUCGUUGACAGCAAGCAUAUUAUCGGGCAGCUGCAGGAGGACAAGCCAGAAGGUGCAGUCAAUGAGGCAGUAGAACAGAUCGCAUUUGCAGAUCGGAUUCUGCUGAACAAGACAGAUCUGAUUAGCGAAGCGGAGCUCGAAGAUGUUCAACGAGAGGUACGGCGAAUCAACAAGACAGCUGCGAUCAAACGGACACAAAAUUCGCAAGUGGACAUGGACUUUCUUCUUGGCAUCAAGGCUUUCUCCCUGGAGCGGGUACUUUUGCAGGUCAGCCAAGGAUUUCUGGAGGAGGAGGAACAUGGGCACAGUCAUGGCCACAGCGGUGCUCAUGAGAAAGGACAUGGUCAUGACGGUCAUGAUUGUCACGAGGAGCAUGGUGGAGAUCAUGGUGGUGGUCAUGCACAUGAAGGGCAUGAUGGUCAUUGCGAGCAUGGACAUGAUUGUCAUGAUCACGAUGGUCAUGAUCACGAUGGUCAGGCCUGUGACCAUCCCUCACAUCGCAAGCGGCACGACUACAGAGUUAGCUCCGUCGGCAUUCAGAGGGACAGCGAAGUUAUGAAAGAGAAGCUUGACAGUUUCAUCAGUUGGCUGAUCCAGCAGAAAGGGCCCGACCUGUACCGCUCCAAGGGUGUCCUCGCUGUGCAUGGCCUACCACAGAAGUACGUGUUUCAUGCCGUGCACAUGCAGUUCAGCGGCAAGCCCCAGGAUGAGUGGGAACCCAGCGAGAAGAGGUGCUGCAAGAUGGUCUUCAUCGGAAAGAACUUGGAUCGCGAAGAGUUGAACAGGUUGUUUCCUCCGCUACAUGCAGACACCAACAAGCGCCGUCAAGAAGUCUUUCGAUUUGCGGAAGCUGCAAAGCCUCUCAGAAGCUUGGCCGGCAACAAGGCAAGUGGUCCACAAGAGCUGGAGCUGAACUUCGGCUUCCGCUGUUGGCGCUUGCGCGCCUUGUUUUAUGUGAGCGGUGCAGAUGCAGCCAUAGCACGGCGCUGGAUGGUGCUGCUCGAUGCUGCGCGCCUCACAGGUGGAGGUGGCGAGGACAUCAGCGAAGAUGAGGACAGCGACGAGGACAGCACGUCCUGCAUCUUGGCAACGAAGUGUCCAGUGACUCCAUCCAGUGUGUGGGACCCCACCUUGACAUUGGAGCAGUGGAAGAUUGUGGAAGCCGAUUGGGGUGGGGCCCUCCGAUUAAAGUGCUGUAAGCAGCCUGCCGUCGGUCACGACUGCGGCGUCCGCAACCUCAUCGCAGCUGUCGGAGGUGGAGGUGGACACACCCAAGUUUGGCUCGAAGGUACGGACGGCAGUGCCUUGAGACCAUCUAGCCGUUGCUUCUGUGACCGGUUGACCGAGUCGGCCAAGCAACAGCUGGCCAUCACCGACAUUUUGGAGGCGGACCCCUCGCAGCUCGACGCAUGCUUUCUUUCCUGGCUUCCAUUCCUCCAGGAAGAGAUGGUCUUCGGUGACCGGAGCGCCGCGGCUGUUGCUGAUGGCUUGUCGUCAGCCUUCCGUCACCUGUGGGCAUCCCUUUGCCGUGUCGCGGACAUUGAGGUCCCGCAGGCCCCGCUGGAGGCAUCGCAGGCAGCCGAGCAAGCCAUCUUGACCCUGACUGAAGGACGGUGCAAGCCAUCAGUGCGGCAAAGCCUGGAUCGCUUUGUCGAAGGCUUUCUCUUGCGCUCGCAGCGGGCGGUGGAGAACUGGUUACACCUGGCAGAUCCAGGGGCCGACGACCUGAGCUACUUGGCACAGAGACUGAUCUUCGAGGUGCGGCCAGCGAUUCUGCACUUCUGUGUGGGUGCAGGAUACUUUGCAGGAGGGCUCUUGGAUCACAGCCAGACAGCCUACGAUUCCUUGGAGAAGCUCUUGCUCCGCGAAUGGGAGUCUAGGAGUUGCGAGGAGUCUUCGGCCCUUUUCGCGCAUAUCUUUGAAAGCUACCAUGAGGCCACACCUUUGCUGGGCCCCGGACUGCGACGCUUGGGCGCGUGCGCCGCGGCUUGGAGAACAUGGCGCAGCCAUGUGGCAGCCUUGGACCGCGCUGCAUCGGUAUUGGUCGCCAGCCUGAAUGCAGCUCUUCGAUCACAGCGUGCAGCGACUCAGCCCCUUUUACAGGAGGCGCAGCUCUUUGUGCACCCUCCAAAAAAGCGGCGGUCCUUGCGACGCACAUUGCAAGACAUGCAGAAAGCUGGAGCAUGCGGAGACAGCAAAAGCGACCAUUGGAUGCCAGAGGAGGUGUUGAAAAUGUCACUGAAGGAUGCCGCACAACUCGCGUGUUUCUGCCGCGCCGCCGCGGCGGAGCCAGGCUCCUGGGGCUCAGAGGCAACCACGGCGCUGUGCGCAGAGGUACUUUUGUCCUUCGCCAAGGCUUUUGAGUCGGAGGUUUCCUCGCUGGCCGACAUUUUAGUGCCGGUACACGCGAAGAAUCACCGUGACGAUGUCAAGGUGCAAAGGUUUAGCACGCAUAAAGGUGAGGAAGACGGUGUGCUCACGCAUGCUGCGCACGCUUGGGUGGUAUUCUUGGAAAGCAUGGAAAGCUUGCCUGGCCAAGCGGCAAUUCUCCAGCAAUGUCGACGUGCUGUCCUGGUGCUGCUGGCGGAAACGUGGGUCGAGAAUUUCAUCCGAGAGCCCCCACGCUGGCCCGCUGCAAGGAUGUUAUCUGUGCUGUGGGCAGAUGAAGCUGCUGUGCGCAUGGUGCAAGGCAUAGAGACGCAUACACUUCCAGAACUUGCGAGCUUCUUGGAAGUGCUGAGCGUCCUGCGCCAUAUACUACAAAGUGGAAGGCCAGUGGCAGAGUGGGACGAUUUUGCACGUGCAGAGGCAACGCUUCAAAAGUUGCUUGGUGAGGAUACUGGAAGGGCCUUGGUCCAGGCAUUCUGGCAGGCACUGAGUCACUAA